AAACGAGGCCUGCCAAAGCAACGUAAUCAUGUGUCCAGCGUGCGAUGAGCGACAUGGGUGCCGCUUUUAUCAUCUUCGGGAUAUGUGCUUCUACAUCCGCGCCUCCUAUUUGUUCGACCACCCGGGAACAGUGUUUUACUCCAUUUUCAUGGUUAUAUGGGCUGUGACAUUUUUGGAAUUCUGGAAACGAAAGAACGCUAGACUUGCAUAUCGCUGGGACGUGAUGGAUUACGAAACAGUGGAGGAGCGUCCAAGGCCACAGUAUGCAGCAAUGUGUUCGGAGCUGGCAGAAAAUCCGGUUACCGGGGCCCUAGAACCGCAUUUUCCUGAGAGGCGAAGAAAAACUCGGAUUGUUGCUGGGCUCGUUUUGGUCCUUCUUAUGCAAUACAAAUCAUCAAUACAAGUCAACAAUCCCAAAUUUCCAUCAAUCAAUAUGAAUGAUACUCCGGGCCAUAUGUACCUAGAAAACUCGCCCACCUUCAUGAUGAAGAGAACAAGAAGAAAAAG